CUUCAAUUAUUUUCCCCGUAGUUUCCUUCAGUGUAAACAAACAAGUCGUGUCCGCACAUGUUCCUUCCGUGAGCAUUUUAUAGGUAGAAAAGCAAUUUUAUUAUUUUUAUGAAUCACCAUGGGGAAAAAAGGUAAAUCUAAGUCUAGCUUUGGAGGACAGAAAAAAGUGAAGAGACUGAACCCUUUUGAAGUUCACACAAAUCGUGUAAAGCACGAUGUACUGGGACGCAAGAGUAAAUUUGAACGCGGAUUACCAGGAGUUGCAAGAGCAAAAGCAAUAAAGAAGAGAGACAAAACACUACUCCAGGAAUACAAAUCACGGAAUAAGAGCAAUGUCUUUGUUGAUAGACGCAUCGGAGAAAAUGAUUCUACAAUGGAUCCUGAGAAGAAAAUUGCCUUGAGAAUUGCAGCAGAGAAGAAAAGACAGUUUGGAAAAAAAUCAUUGUUUAAUUUGAAUGAAGAUGAAGAGCUGACUCAUGGUGGCCUGGCACUAAAUGACUCCAACUUGAAUGACAAGCUCGGCCUCAGUGAUGAUGAAGAUGAAGGAAAACUUGAUGCUCAAUUUGUCAAAGAACAGCAUUUUGGUGGUUUCUUGACAAGACGAGAAUAUGAGGAAGGUGAUACUGACAAACACAAGACCAAGAAAGAAUGGAUUGAUGAAAUCAUAGCAGAGUCAAAAAGAAAAAAGGCUGAGUUCAAAAAGGAAAAAGAGGAGCAGCAUGAAGCUGUCAGUAACCUUGAUUCCAAAUUACAAAAUUUCAUGAUGAUUAUGGCUGGUUAUACAAUGACUGAUGAGGACAAACAAGCAGCUAAAACAAAAAGUGCCUUUAGAGACUAUGAUAUGCUCGUUAAAGAGCUUGGAUUUGACCGUACUGGAAAAGCAAAACCUGUUGAUAAGUUGAAGACACCAGAGGAAAUAGCCAAGGAAGAGAGAGAGAAACUUGAAAAACUGGAAGCAGAUCGUGUCAGGCGGAUGAAGGGAGAAGAAGUAAAAGAUGUGAAAAAAAUGAGGAGUGCAGAUGACCUAGAUGAUCAGUACAUAUUGCAGAAAGAUAUCCAGGUACCUUUGAGUUAUAAAGAUGGCAAAAUGUUGAGAGCAGAUAAUGAAGACCAAACAGAUGAUGAAAGUGAUGGUGAAAAGGAUGAUGAUGCUGAAGAUGAAAAUGAGGAAGUAGACGAAGAUGGGGAAGAAGAGGAAGGAGAAGGAGGAGAAGAAGAGGAAGCAGAAGAAGAAGAAGAGGAUGAGGAUGAGGAUGAGGAUGAAAGUGAUAAGUACUCAGAUAUUUUAGAAGAAAGUGAGAGUGAAGAGGAGGAAGAAGAGAUAAAAGAAAAGCCUGGUACACUUGAUGUGAUUAAAAAGAAGGAAAUGAUGGAAGCAGCCAAAAAGGAGCUGCCAUAUACAUUUGAAGUGCCACAAGACUAUGAGGCAUUUUGGGCAUUGUUAGAAAAUCACUCGCCAGGAGAAGUGAACACUAUCUUAGAGCGAAUGGUUGCAUGUAAUCAUCCCAAACUUGGAGGGAAGAAUAAGGAAAAGUGUGAUUACUUAUGUGCAUAUCUUCUGCAGACCUUGAAUGUUUUAGCUGAUUAUGAUGGUUCUUCUCCCAUGAACUCUGUGUCACCCCUUUUGUAUGUGGAUUGCAUCACUCAACACAUUUAUGGUCUUACCCAGUUAACCCCAGUAAAUACAGCAAAUGCAUUAAAACAGGUGCUGUUGGAAAAAUAUGGAGACUGUUCAAAAUAUAAAUUCAAAAGAUAUCCUAUGGGUGAUACAUUUGUGUUCCUGAAAAUAGCUGGGAUGCUUUUCCCAUCAUCUGAUUUUAUUCAUCCUGUCAUGACACCUGUCAUGGCUUUCUUAUGCAACUUGCUUGGGCAAGGCAAAAUCACAAAUCGAAGAGAAGUUAAUGCUGCUUUAUUCACAGCAUAUCUUGCAUAUGAGUACAUCAGCCGGUCUAAAAGAUUUAUGCCUGAGUUGACAAAUGUUCUCAAUGGUUUGCUGUUUAUGUCAGUAGCCAUGAAGAACAAAACUAAAUUGCCCAUCACACCACCUUUCAAGUGCGUAGGGCCAACUGCAUCUCUUCUUGUACCAGAGGCGCCUGUUACAAAAUUUGAAAGUAUUAAACUUACAUUUGCAAGUAUUAAUAAAAAAGAUGAGGAAAUGACUGAUGACUUCAAAAUGAACGUGCUCCAGAAAACUGUUGAGCUCUUACAAGAAGUGUGUAAAUGCUGGUCGGGCCUUGCAUCUGUUCGAGCUAUUAUGAGACCAACCACAGUAUUGCUGGAUUGCUUGGUCCUAGAGAAUCUCCCUAAAAGUGUACAAGAGGCUGUUGAAGCUCUGCACCAAGCUAUUAGAUCAUUGCCAGCCCAAGGCAAACCCCUUGUCAAGGAAGAAGCAAAGCCCAAAUCAAUACCAAUGUUUGAGCCAGCCUUUGAGAAGAUUGUUGAAGGAGCCAAAAAACGACAUGGUUCCAAGGAAAAGCUGGAGCAUCAGAAAUUGCUUCAUAAUCUGAAGCGAGAAAGAAAGGCUGUAAAGAGAGAAAUUGAGAAAGAUACUGCAUACUUAGCUAGACAGAAAUUGCAGGAACAGCUUGAAAGUGACGCUGAACGGAAACGAAAGGUUGGACAGAUCAUGGGAGGUCUGCAAAUACAAGAGAGCGAACACAAAAAAAUGAAGUUGAAGAAGAAAUAAUUAAGUUUCUUAUAAGACUUCUUAGCCUUCUCUUCUUCAGAUUUUCACAAACAAAAGUGGAAGAAUAAUGCAAUACAGUCUACUGUAUAUAUUAAGAAUUGACAGGAACUUUUCCUAUGGAAUAUAUUAUAUAUACACACACACACCAUAUUGUAUUUUGUAGAAUGAAUAAACUCUUUUCUGGUUUA